GUUCUCUUUCUUUUUUUCUUUCUUCCUUUCUGAUUGUUCAUUUUGCAUAAUUAUUAAUUUCAUUUUAUUUCGCUCCACUUCAUUUCAUCGCAACUGUUGCUUUUUAUACAAAUCUACUCAUUAUAAAAAAUAAAAAGACAUUCCAAACACUCAAUCUCCUGUUUAAUCUUUCUCUGAUCCACAACAAAAAUAUCAGCAAAAAGAGAAAAAAAAAAAAUGUCACGACAAAGACAGCAUUGUUGUUGGUGCAUUCCUCUACGAUUAGCCACUUUCAUCGGUGGGUUUCUUCUCGCUGCUCUCGGCGGUGUAGGAACCUGGCUUUACUUCACAAACCCCGAUCUGCCUAAGCGCACUUUCUCUGUAUCAGGCGUCACGUUAUCCCCCUUAGAAUCAGGACAGAUACUUUGGUAUUAUUUUGCAGGUGUCAGUGUUCUGGCAGCAGCUGUAGGAUUGUUUGGGAUGUUUUCAGCUCUUGCAGCCAACAGGAAGGCUGUAAAAGCAUUCGAGGCGUUGUACUUUUUGGCAUUGAUGACACAGGUGGCUUUUGUGAUCUGGGCCAUGACUUGGUGCAGGAAGAACAAGAGUAACUUCCUUACAGUCUGCAAUGCUUCUAAAGAUGGUCUGUUUGACCUCCCAGCCCCUGGAUUUGUCUCGGGAUGGUCCUGUGAUAACAUGUUCUUGGCUCUGAUGCUCUCCCUUGGCUUUGGUAAUGCAAUUUGGCUCAUUUUCCAUAUUUACAUGACCAAUCGUGUGAUCCACUACGCUCGCGAGCUCUUUGCUGAGAAGGCGAACCGUUACAAGGUUCUGGGUGAGGCUGCAGUUAAGGAGCUGGAUCGAGAGCAACAGAUUCCUCUCAACUACACUAAUAUUGGAGGUUCUUCAAACGACCGCGAGCCUCCUCAACCUUCAUACAGUGAUGAGAUUGAGUACAAAAAUCCUCGCUCAGAUGAUUAUCACCAGCAAUCCAGAGCUGCAGCUGCAGGUUUUGGUUCUUAUGGACAUGACCUGCCUUCUCAUCAGCAGCAGUUCCACCAGGGUUACCAGCCUUAUACUCACCAACCUGCUGCUCCUGGAUUCAGCCAUCGCGACUCUACUCAAGGACUGGAUCUUGUGAAUCCAUACUAUGAUGAUGGAACCAUCCCUGCACCUCCGCCUCCACCUGUCGCUUCGUCUGCUCCUUUCGUGACUGUGCCAGGAGUUGGUCAAUCGUUUGUUCAUGGGUCCACCAAUAAGAUUCCCUCGCCAUUUGAUGAUGAUGUACCUGUUACUACACCUCCAGCACCAGCAACAGCACAGUCACCUAGCCAGGAUAUCAAAGUGCCAAUGCCUCCAUCACCACGCGACGAAGAUGUUAAAUCACCAUCUUAUCCUCCUGUGGAUCUGCUUUCGCCUACUCUUGCUACACAACAAGCUAGUGGGAGUGGCAGCAACAACAAUGGAAAGAGUGGUGAACCUUAUCAAUUUUAAAGAAAGGGAUUUAAGAGAGCAUUAUUUUUUCAUAUCCAUCAAUCUUUUCGUUCUAAAUACCAAAUACCAAAUACCAAGCAAAUAUACGGUGUGUUCAUCAUAUGUAAAUAAACUACAAUAACA